AUGUCUUCAGAUCACGCCAUACGACCGUCUGAUAUCCCUGCGCGGCCGAACCCGACAUCCCACUACUCCAGAACAGAGCCUUCGUCGGCGGGCGAUUCCUCCCUUCUAGCAACACCCGAGGUCGAGGACCAUCCAGGUCACGGCGCCGAUAUCCCCUCCAGCUCAUCGUCCUUCGGCCAAGGCCACGACGGCACAGGCGUCAAUGGACACUCCCGGCACAAGACUGUGAACUUUGAUAUAAACGAGUACGACGAGUACGACCAAGACGACCAAGACGACCAAGACGACGACGACAUGUUCGAUAGCAACAAGCCCUCCUUCCUCAGGCCCGCCGACGGCCGCUCCGUCACGCCGCUGCUCAGAAAAUCCGACGACGACGACGACCGCGGCCGGACACGACACAACCACUUACGUCCAAACCCCACCCGCCCUCCUCCGGAAGUCAGCACGUCAUGCUCGCGGCCGCCCGUGUUCAACCGCCGCUCCACGAUGCGGUCACGAUCGCCCGACACCCAGGCCCGCAUGGCUGCGCGCAAGAAGUACACCUAUGCUGCCAUCUUCCUCGUCGUAUCCCUCGUCUCCUUCUGCCUGCAGACCGAGCUGGGGCGCUACGUCCAGCACGAGCUGGGCUGGAACAAGGCAUACUGCAUGCUGUACCUGACCCACGGGUCGUGGGCUCUCCUAUGGCCCGCCCAGCUGCUCAUCUUGCGCCUACAGAAGUGGAACAUGCCCUGGGCGACCUUCUGGCGCCGGCAUGUGUAUCUGUUGCGCAGCACCGCGCACAUGGUGGCCGAGCAGCAGCUCGACGUCCCGCGCCACACCUUACAGCGAAGUCCGCUGCCCUACCUCGUCCAGACCACCGCCUUCGUGACGAGCGCUCUCACCGUCGCUGGCCUCAGCUGGUAUGUUGCUGUGAACAUGACCAGUCCGAGUGAUCUCACCGCCAUCUACAACUGCUCUGCCUUCUUCGCCUACGCGUUUAGUGUGCCGCUGCUGAAGGAAAAGCUGCGCCUGGACAAGUCGCUGGCCGUCCUGAUCGCCAUUGUAGGCGUACUGGUGGUGGCCUACGGAGACUCCAAGCAAUCGGGGGCAGAAGGCGACGACGCCGCCGACUCCAAUGCCGACGCAGGCACCAGGUUCCUUGGGAACUUGAUCAUCGGUGCUGGGAGCGUGCUCUACGGGCUGUAUGAAGUUCUCUACAAGCGAUGGGCAUGUCCACCCGAGGGCACGUCGCCCACGCGGGGCAUGAUCUUUGCCAACGCGUUCGGCAGCUGCAUCGGCCUUUUUACAUUGUUGGUGCUCUGGAUCCCGCUGCCCGUCCUGCACAUGCUGGGGUGGGAGGUCUUCGAGCUGCCGACGGGCAAGGCGGCGCUGUACCUCUUCAUCAGCGUCGUCAUGAACGCGACGUUUGCCGGCAGCUUCCUGGUGCUCAUCUCGCUGACGAGCCCCGUGCUCAGUUCCGUGGCGGCGCUGCUGACCAUCUUCAUCGUCGCCGUGGCCGACUGGCUCAUCACGGGCGAGUCUAUGACCUUUGCCGCCAUCGCCGGCGGCUGCAUGAUCAUCGUCGCCUUCCUCAUGCUCAGCUGGAGCACCUGGCGCGAGAUGACCAAGGACGCCGACCACCACAAGGUCGCUUACGAGGCGCCCGUCGACUGGAGUAGCGACGACGAUGCUGAUAAGGAUGACUCCCGCGUAGAUUAG